GAGGUAGAGAAGGAUGCCGACGCUGCCACGAUCAAGAAGAGCUACCGCAAGCUGGUCCUCAAGUGGCACGGUGGCGGACCACCCAGACAAGAAUCCUGACAACGCGGAGGCUGCAGAGGAGAAGAUCCGCAGGAUCAACAACGCGUACGAGACGUUGAGCAACCCAGCGAAGCGCAUGGUCUACGAUAACCAGGCAAGGUCCAUGGAGACUAAGGCUCGGGGCAUGCGCGUGGACACCUCGAUGAUCAAGCCUCGGAUGAGCAUCCCGAAGGCAUUCAUGCUGCAUCCCAUGGGGCACCCGGACAGGUUCCUACGCGCCAUCGGGCGCGGGCUCGCCUUCCACUGCCGUGCUGACUUGCCCGAGGUAGAGUUCGACGCGUUCUUCCAGGCGGCCAGAUUCUCCUUGUGGUGGCUGCCCCUGGUGAACAACAUGUGCCGGCUCCGCACGCAGCCGCUCGACGUAUCCACGGGCAUUGUGGGGGCAAAGCAGGCGAGGCUCGCGCAACAGGCGUCUUCAGGCCCGUCGGGGCAGAUCCUCAGCUUCGGCCUCGGGCCAGGCGAUUCGCAGUCGGACGUGAUGCUCUCGGACAACGAGCAACCGCAGUGCACCAACGUGAUCGCCGUGGCCAGCCCGGACUACCCUGGGGCGUACCGGUUCGAGGCCGCCUAUUGCCCGGGCCAUUAUCUGUCUUUCGACCCGCCGAAGCACGCCCAGAUGAUGCGCGGGGGCGACCAAUUCGCGGUCAUCGACUUCGUCUUGACGGAUUUCUUGGUCAGCGAAAACUUCAAGACAAUCGACGAGGUGCUGAUCCCAGCGGUCGAGGCCCUGGGGGGUGGCAAGGAGGGCGUCAGCCUCACAAGGGUCUGCCAGAACUCUGGCGUCGUGCACCACUUCCAGAAGACCAUGGGUGGCGUGAUCUGGGAUUUCGAGGACUUCAGGCUGCACUUCCACGCCCACUCCGACAUCUGGGACUACGACCCCACCUCGCAGUCGCUGCGCCUCCGCGGGCCACAGGAGAAGCUGGCCCAGUCCCUGAGGAGGGCGCGGGCCGCCGCGGAGGUGGCGAGCUUGAUGUCUGCCGCGAGGCAGCAGCCCGCCUGGCUGCCCCUUGACGCGGCCGCGCGGGCCUUGCGUCUCCUCCGGCAGGGCGCUGGCGCGCCGAAGGCGGCGGCCGGCGCGGAGGCGCUGAGGAAGGCCGCCGAGGCGGAGGCCAAGCUGCUCCGCGUGGUGUGCAGCAUGUGCCGCGCCGGUGACGAGCACGUGUCGCUGGGUGGCCUGUGCGAUGCAUGGCGGGCGCUGUCGUCAGGCACUGACGGCAGCCAGGCUGACCCAGAAGCGGCCCAGCUCCGGGCGGAGGCGCUGGAGGCCGUGGUGAAGUGCGCGUCUGAGCAGGUGGUGGAGGAGCAGGUCAGCUUCGACAUACCCAUCCUCGGAGCCCUGGUGGCCAUGCCGCUGGACUGGGAGAGGUGCGCGCAGGUCGCGCUCGAGAAAGCACGGCAGGUGAUCUCCAGUGAGCCGAUCGCCAGGCUGGUGCCCCUCCUCCGCGAAUUCGCCGGGGCUCGGGCGCGAAAGCUGUGCGACUGCCUGGCCACGGCGGCCAUCAUGAAGGUGUUCGCGGCCGAACCCGCCGUGGCCAUCGACGCGCUGGACGCGAUGGUCUCCGGGGGCUUCGGGCUCGAGGGGGCGCCCAUGGUGCUGGAGAUGCUGCUCGGGAAGGUUCCCUGGACCGCCUCCGCGCCCGUCAUCGCCGGUCUCGCCGAGCAUGGCGCCGCCGGCGACGACCUCGACAAGUGCUGGGGGGCCGUGCUGGAGCCCAGCGCCCUGGAAACGCUGCCCGGCCCGUUGCUGGCGCGCCUGGCCCUGGCGGCCGCCGGUCGGCGCGGCGCCGGGGCGGCGGGCGCGGCAGGCGCCCGGCUGCAGGCCGUCGCGCUGCCCCUGGCGGCCAGGCUGCGGGACGUGCCCCUGCCGCUGGCCGCGGACGUGGCGGUGUGCGCGGCUGGCUCCGGGCCCGAGUGCGCGGGGCUCCUGGAGGCCGCGGUGGCGCGGGUGGCCGCGGAGGGGUCCGAGCCGCCCCCGGCGGACCUGCUGCGGGUGACCCAGGCGCUGCUGCCGCUGGGUGACCUGGGGACCGCGCCGCGGGAUGCGGCGGUGCGGUGCUGGCGGCGGAGGCUGGAGGCCGGCGCGGCGGCGGCCAGGGAGGCACGCGCCAAGGCGCAGGAGUUGCGGGUCGGCGACGCCAUCGAGGUCUUCGGCCUCACCUCGGAGACCGGGCGGCCACUGAACGGCCGCUCGGGGUCCGUCACGAGGCCGAUCCCAGAGAAGGGGCGGUUCGAGGUGCGGCUGUCGCUGGGCUUCUCCGCUGCCGAGACAGUCAGCCUGAACCCCAAGAACCUCAGGAAGGUCCGGGCCGGCACGGGCGUGGCGGGCCCCACCCCAGCGGAGCUGCCCCUGGGCCUGUCCGCGGACGAGCUGUCGCGCGUGCUGGCGGCGGUGGCGCCGGCGGCCGCCCAGUCGGGAGACGGCGGUCGGGCGCUGCUGGAGCUCCUGGCGGAGGAGAUCCUGGAGCAGCAGAGCGGCCUGACAGCGGGGCAGCAGGGCGCGGUCUGGUGA